UGAAUUUCUUUAAUUCAAUUAAGUUUUAGCUAUACUUGACUGGCGAGCUUGCAAUGAUGUUAUUGAAUCGAUUCUUGUUCUAUUUGGUUCAUUCUUUGCUUUGAUACAAAUUGAAGCUGAAGUAAUGAAGAAAAUUAUUGUCGAUGUAAGUGCUGAAGCAAAAAUACAACGUGAGCUAAUUGUCCGUCCACUGCGAAAUGUAAUUGAUCGUUCCUCCAGACUUCUUGAUGAAAAUGAAUAUGCACUCAUUCCUUUAUUACCUCUUCUCAAGCAUGUAAAUUCCCAUCACAAUCAACUUUCCUCACUGGCUGAUAAUGCGAAUGGUCAAAUUCCUUACCAAGCGUUCUAUAAUAAAUUGCGAUCGAAGUGCACAAGUUCAUUGGAUGAAUUUUUGGAUCGUUUAGCGAGCGAUUCGAAUAAAUAUGUUCCAGAUGAUGGAAAUGUUCACCAGAUUACAUCUGAUACUUUGAACUUUUUGAAUGGUUUAUUGGAAUAUCGCCAAACUGUCUCUCAGCUUUUGACGACAUCAUCUUCAAAUAAUUCUUCACACCAUUUGCCUCGUCUUUUUGCUCGGAUUUUAUCAGCACUUGGACUCAAUUUAAAGAAUAAAGCAGAAAAUUACAGCGAUGAAACGUUGGCAGCUAUCUUUCUUUUAAAUAAUAAUAAUUAUAUUCAUAGUAUUCUGCAAAACGAUGGAAUGCUUUCUAUUGUUUGUGAACAUAAUGCACAAAUUCAUUCGUUUUACCGCUCAGAAAUCAAUCUUUAUAAAAGCAAAUAUCUCCAAAGCUGGAAUAAAGUAGUUGCGACUUUACUCUCAGAUGAGCUUAUUAUAACUGAUCGACAUUCGAUUAAAGCAGUUAUCUUAGCAUUUAAUGCUGAAUUUGAAAAAGUCGUAAACACUCAAAAGGAUUAUUGCAUCACCGAUUUAAAACUCUCGUGCGAUAUUAAGAAUGAGGUAAAAAAUCUGGUAUGCGAAAAAUAUGCGGAUUUUUAUGCAAGAAUCAAUCGAUUGCAAAUAUUCAGAGGACUUGAAAAGCACUUGAAAUACACUCCUCAAUCUCUCGAAAGAGUGAUGGAUCGACUUUUCGUUGUUAGCGGUUAA